AUUUUUCUCAGACGAAAGUCAUUUUAGUUGUGGACAGCCAAUAAAUUUUCUCUGUUAUCCCUUGAAAUUCCACUUAAUUUCUCAGAUGAAAAUAGAACGCCAUGGCGCAAAUUCUGAUUCGCUCAACAUCAUCGGCACAUUGUCCUGCUUUGCAGAUGAUGAACCUUUACCACCCCGACGUCACAUGGCCACGACCGGCGGCCUUUCAUCACUCCACAUCAUCAUCAACCAGCUUUCUGCCAGCGGAGGCCCCCGCGCCGGAUUUGUGCGCCCCCGGCGGCACCAUCGUGAAAAGCACGCGCGAUGUCUUGGGCGGCGCCGCCAAGGUGAGUUACGGUGUGUGUUACGAGCCAUCCGGGCCGAGCGACGUGCAGGCGCAUCUGAAAUGCGACCCGGAUUCGUUCCACCAGCGGCGGAAGAAGCUGCAGUGUUGCCGACAGCCGAAACUCUUGAUGCCCAACGGGGAGUCCAGUCACGAUUCUUUUGAGGAGCACGCGGCAGCGAAAAAGCAGAAGAAGAAGCAAGCCACAAUGUGCGCGGACACCUCAGCGGAAUACACACGGGAGGGGACGCUGCGGUAUACCUCUGGUACCACCUGCACGCCCGAGGCAGCGAGAGACCAGUCCAGCUGGGGCCGCUGGUUUUUCAGUCGCGGAUGUCAGGCGAACACCUCGAGCUUCUUCAAACCGAUGCCGGCCAGUGAAGAGGCGUGUCGUGGCGAGCAAGGGGCCAUGAUUCUCCGCAAAGAUCUCGGCGAGGAACGUCUAGAAUUCUGCCCGGCUGGCACCCAGCCCAUCAAGAAUGUUGCUGUUUCCAAAGACGCAAAAGACGCUGCCAGCAGCUCUAGUACAACUGCCGCCCCACCUCCUGCGUCUGGCCGUCCGUUUCACAGUUGGGAGUGCACGGGAGGGCAAGAUACGAUUUUGCAGGAAGAGUUCUGCUGCAACGUCAACGGAAAGGAACGUUGCGUCGGCGCAUACGAAGACAACGAAAGCGCCCCCGGCGCCUGCAGCUGCGACUUGAACCAAACUCCCACCAAUUUAGCGGAAUUUCUGUAGCGGAUAGACAACUUAAAAGAUGUAAUGAACACUCUCUGUCCGUAGAUGAAAGCGCGCAACGGGUAGUAUUGUCCCGUGUCUGUCAAGGAAAAUCGUCAUAAGUAAU